GGUUCAGUAGUAUCUUUCCCAAGAAGAAGAUGGAGGCUGCAGCUUCAAAAUUCAAGGUUGGGCAAAGCAGAUGGGUGCUUUCGCACAUCGCGCGAUGAUCGAAGAUGCCAACAAAAUUAGAACUUUUAUGCAUUGAAGAUUGUUACAUAUCUUGUUUGUUUGGUUGCAGAUAAUCUUGGGAUCCUCUUCUGUACACCGUCAAAAAGUACUUGCUGAGAUGGGAUAUGACUUCACAAUCAUGACUGCAGACAUAGAUGAGAAAAGUAUCAGAAGAAAUACGCCGGAAGAAAUGGUAAUGGCCAUUGCCGAGGCAAAGGCAGAAGCCAUCAUAGCAAAGCUUCCCAUUGACUACUGCAAGCAGGAUGCUGAGCCGCCACUCUUAAUUACUGGUGACCAAGUGGUCGUCUACGAAGGUAAGGUCAGGGAAAAACCAUCAAGCAAGGAAGAAGCGCGCCAGUUCAUCAAAGGUUAUUCUAGCGGAACUGCAGGGACGGUGAGCUCUGUUCUUGUUACUAAUCUAAAGUCUGGACUCAGUAAGGGAGACUGGGAGAAAGCGGAGAUCCAUUUCCAUGCAAUACCCGAUCAAGUCGUUGAUAACCUGAUUCAAGAGAAAAUGGUUCUCAAUGUUGCUGGGGCGCUUAUCAGUGAACAUCCUUUGCUACUGCCCUAUGUUAAACAACUGGUAGGAACAACUGAGAGCAUGAUGGGGCUCCCGAAAGCUCUUACAGAGAGACUUAUACUGGAGGCUCUCUAGUUCUGUAACUUGGAAUUUCACCUAAAAUUCCUGCCAUUUAGAGUCCUUUUGGUUCAUGAAUCUGAAAACUUGAUGAGCUGUAACUUCAUUUGUUUAUCCCCCUUAUGUUCAACAAUUUGCUCUUUUUUCUUCCAAGAAAGAGUUUUUUAAGAUAGAAAACUCUUUUAUUUAGUUUAUUAUUGGGGCCCAAUACAUAAAUGCAAAUGCAGUUUUAGUUGGUU